CAAUUUAGCACUUUGCCCCUUAAUCUGAAACAGAAUCAACAGUAAAUUCUCCCACUAUCUGGGUCGUGAAGAGUCAUGAAAGCUUAGCUCUUCACACUAGAAACUCCCAGUCCCCAGGUGAGAAUUCCGUCUGUCUUAUUCUUUCUCUUAACUCUCCAUUCGUAGUAUUCUUGGUUUAAUCUGAUAAAACCAUGAGUGCUGAGUUCUUUAUAAAUCUGGGUGGGGGUUGUUGAUUCUUGAAAUUGUGUGUUUUCUUGGGUUCUCUGAGUCCGUUUGCAUGUAUAUGGAAAUGGGUUUCUUUUCUUUAUGAUUGGAGUUGCAAUAAUCAAUGAUGGUUCUGUUCUUGUAUCAUGAAUUUGAAGACCUGGGUUAGAUUUCAUUCUAUAUCAGACUAAACGCAAAUUGGAAAACCGGUCUUGAAUCUUGAAUCUUGAACGUAUGUCACAGACUACGGAGAAAUCCUUGACUGCAAAACGUGAUGAUGCAGGUGAAGAAAAUUUGGAAGAUGUAACAGGUUCUAGAAGGACUAGAAGCAUAAAAUCCCUGUCUUCAGGUUCCAAAAGUGCAAAGAAGUCCUUGACUGGGAAACAUGAUGAUGCAGGUGAAGAAAAUUUGGAAGAUGUAACAGGUUCAAGAAGAAGGACUAGAAGCAUAAAAUCCCUGUAUUCAGGUUCCAAAAGUGCAAAGAAGUCCUUGACUGCAAAACGUGAUGAUGGAGGGGAAGAAAAUUUGGAAGAUGUUACAGGUUCAAGGAAAACAACUAAAAGCAUGAAAUCUAGGCCCCAAGGUUCCAAAAGUGCAAAGAAGUUAAAUGUACAUCCUGACGAUGUAGGUGAAGAAAACUUGGAAGAUAUAACAGUUUCAAAGGAAAAGACUAGAAGAAUGAAAUCUCUGCCUUCAGUUUCCAAAAGAGUGAAGAUGUCCUCAAAGGCAAAACCUGAUGAUUCAGAUGAAGAGAACUUGGGAGAUAUAACAGAUUUCAGGAGAAUAACUACAAGCAUGACUCGGCCGUCAGGUUCCAAAAGAGCAAAGAAGUCCUCAAAGGCAAAACCUGAUGAUGCAGAUAAAGAGAACUUGGAAUAUGCAACAGAUUCGAGGAGAAUAACUAGAAGCAUGACUCUGCCUUCAGGUUCCAAAAGCACAAAAAAGUCCUUGCAUGCGAAACUUGAAGGAUGUAAGAGGUUCAAGGAGAAUAACUAGAAGCAUUACUCUGCCUGCAGGUUCCAAAAGUGCGAAGAAGUCCUCAAAUCCAAAACCUGAUGAUGCAGAUGAAGGAAACAUGACAAAUGUAACUGGUCUGAAGAAAAGUGCAAGAAAAUU